AAACAAUCACCUCGUCAUCUUCCUGUAUUCCUCUCUCACACCCACCAUCCCCCCUUAAUCCUCCUUCAAGCUUGAUACCCUAAUAAUGGGCAAUACCUUAGGGGGCAAAAAAACAACCAAGGUCAUGAAAAUCGAUGGAGAAACCUUCAAGCUCAAGACUCCAUUGAAGGCUGGUGAUGUCCUCAAGGACCAUCCUGGUCUGGUUCUCAUAGACUCCGAAGCAGUGAAGCAUUAUGGUAUCAGAGCCAAGCCUUUGGAACCUCACAAAGAUUUGUUACCCAAGAGACUGUACUUUCUGGUGGAGCUUCCCAAGGACAAACUGACGGUUCCGAGAAGGGUUCGUUCUGAGAUCAAAAUGAGCGCCAAAGAUCGCCUCGAGAGCCUCAUGCUGUCUAGAAGGUCUGCUUCUGAUCUGUCCAUUAUAAAACAGAGUCAUGUGAAUGUGAAUGAUGGUUCAGAGAAGGACGUUAAUGGCGGCGUCGGCGUGAGGUUGAAGAUGAGGCUUCCUAAGUCUGAGGUUGAGAAGCUUGUGAGAGAAGCAAAAGAUGAAGCUGAAGCUGCACAGAAGAUUAUGAGUUUGUGCAUGGAGAAAACUAGUAGCAGCAGCAGCAAAGAAGCAGAGACAAGCAUGAAGAGGAGAGUGAGUUUCAUGCCCAUCAGCAAAGGAGGCAGUGAAAUAGCUGUGGCUUCUUGAUGAUAUUUUAUCUGAGUUCUCCAUGAAGCCAAACACUCCACAACAAGGACUUCAGUCAAGGGGGUCGUCUCAAAAAUCAUAUUUUAGUCUCUGAUACAUAGGUGAGUUUUAAAGUUGGUCCUUCAUGAUUAAUUUCUUACUAGCUAGUCCCUCAAUCAUUGAACAUCUUGCAACGUUGUUUCCUCAUCAUAUUUACAUCUGAAAUUUGAUGCGACAACCAAAAUUAAGUCAGCGAAGUGUUAGGUUUUGUGUUGAACUUUGGAUGAAAAUGAAACAAAAAGUUAGAAACAUUUCAAUGAUUGAGGGAUUAACCUGAAAGAAAUAUUACAUACGGAGCACCAAAUUUAAAAUCUAUCUAUUUAUCGGGGUCCAAUCUAAGAGUUUUGUCUUCUUGAAUAAGAGUGAUGCUGCGUUAUAUUAGGCUUGUAACUGGCUAUAAUUUAAUAGCAAUUUAGAAUCUAAACUUUUGCAUGGGGAAAAAGUUCCAGGACUAAGUCAAUAAUAGUUGCUUUUAAUAUAUAUGUAUAUAUAUGUAAAACCCUUGUUCAGCUACUGCAAAGAACAAAAUUUUUUAGGAAUUAAUAGAAUGCAAUGUAGUAUUAAGCUUCUCAUUA